CUCCAGAGGGGGAAACAAAUCCAGUUUAAGCGCCUGGAGACUUUCCUUCGGGACUCGUGGCGCAGACACCGCGAUGACGUCCGGCUGAGGCGCAUGGAGCAGAGGCCAGGGCAGACAGCUCCACCUGAGGAGUGCAAACUCGCCUUUGUCGUGCGAAUUGCAGACAUUAAGGGAGUGAGUAGGAGGGUCAAAAGAGUGAUUGAGUUGCUGCAACUGAGGAAAAACUUCACUGGAGUAUUUGUUAAACUGACUCCUUUAUCUCUGAAGAUGCUGCGGAUCGUGGAACCUUAUGUGGCCUGGGGACACCCUAACCUGAAGUCUGUACGAGAGCUCAUCCUGAAACGAGGCCAGGCCAAGAUUAAGAAAAAGAGGAUGCCUCUGACAGACAACAUACUGAUAGAGGAACAUUUAGGAAAGUGUGGUAUUAUUUGCCUGGAGGACCUCAUUCAUGAAAUCUACUCAGCUGGGAAGAAUUUCAAAAAAGUCUCCAGUUUUCUGUGGCCGUUCCACCUGUCGGUGGCUCGCCACGCGUCACGUAACAGAGUGGGUUUCCUGAAGGAAAUGGGUAAGCCUGGCUUUAGAGGCGACGCGAUCAACCAGCUCCUUUAG